AUGCCGGCCAGGACGCUGCCCACAUUCACUCGCGCAGAGGUCGAAGCGCACGACUCCGCCGCCUCGUGCUAUGUGACCAUUGGGUCCAAGGUCUAUGACGUAACAGACUUUGUUGACGACCACCCUGGUGGUGGCAGCUUGAUCGUUGAUUAUGCUGGCAAAGAUGUCGAGGAGGUACUGAAGGAUCCCACGUCGCACCCCCACUCCGAGGCCGCCUACGAAGUCCUUGACGAUUCACUGGUCGGCUUCAUCGUCAACGACAAGUCACCCGCCACAAACGGCUCUGCCAAACCUGCCAACGGCAUCGCAAAUGCAACCAACGUCCAUCCGCGGACCGGCAUGUCAUGUGAGGAAGACCUUAGCAAGGACACCGACUAUACCCAAGAUUUCAAAAAGCACAGGUUCUUGGACCUGAGCAGGCCGCUGUUUCUGCAGGUUUGGAAUGGUGGAUUCAGCAAAGCCUUCUAUCUAGAUCAAGUUCAUCGCCCUCGUCAUUACAAGGGUGGUGAGUCCGCGCCUCUCUUCGGCAACUUCCUAGAGCCGCUCACCAAGACCCCGUGGUGGGUUGUCCCGUCUUUGUGGUUGCCGUUCGUUGCGUACGGUACUUAUAUUGCCAGCCAAGGGCUUCGGAGCCCAUUUGUCGUCGGUGGCUACUGGGUAUUUGGUGUCUUUUUCUGGACCUUUGUGGAAUACUGCCUUCACCGAUUUCUGUUCCACUUAGAUGACUACCUCCCAGACAACCGUGUCUUCAUUACGUUGCACUUUUUGCUCCACGGAAUUCAUCACUAUCUUCCAAUGGACAAGUACCGAUUAGUCAUGCCUCCUGUGCUGUUUGCCGUUCUCGCCUCUCCAUUCUGGAAAGUAGCCCACGUCAUCUUCUUCUACAAUUGGCAUGCCGCUACCGCCGUUUACAGCGGCGGCGUUUUCGGCUACAUUUGCUACGACCUGACACAUUACUUCCUGCAUCACACGAACCUGCCGUUGUGGUACAAGCAGUUGAAGAAAUACCAUCUUGCCCAUCACUUUCUCGACUAUGAACUGGGCUUCGGCGUCACCAGCAAAUUCUGGGAUCAGAUUUUUGGCACAGAACUACAAACCUCUGUCAAGACAAAGUAA